AUGACUAUGGCCUCCACGACGACCUCUACGAACACGGGCUCCUCUACAAACGCAGCCUCUACCACCAUCAUUAUCAACAGGUCUGCCCUCGUUCAUGAGGUUAGGCAGACAAGUAUUGAAUUGCGUUGGCUGCUGGCACCUCCACCACCACAAGCACCAACAUCUGAAUUUCAGACUGCUUACUGCCGUGGUUGA